CACACUCGUCGUAGCUGUUUUGCGCGGUCCGCAGUCGCCGCCGCGGACGGCCGGAGAGCCUGCCUGCCCUGCCUCACCACACGCACCCGCGUGCGUUCCUCAUCUGCGGGCCACACGUGAGCGGCCGCCAUGUGGGCGUGGUUCGUGGCCUUCAGCGUCGUGGCGGGCCUGCUGCUGGCAGACGACGGCCAGGCGGCCAACAUCCUGGCGCCCAUCUGGUUCCCCGGGCUCAGCCACUUCCUCAUGUUCCGCCCGCUCUUCCUGGAGCUGGCCGUCAGGGGGCACAACGUCACCGUGCUCGGACACCACCCGCCCAAGACUCCCAUCAAGAACUACAACUUCAUAAGUCUCCAAGGCAGGAUGCCGCAACUGCACAACAACAUGACGAUGGACUUCGUGAAGGCGCUGCAGCCCCCCUUGAAGGGCCUGGUGCUACUCAAGUCGUUCACCAAGGGCAUGUGUCUGGAGACGCUGGAUAUGCCCGAAGUGCGGCAGCUGGCCACGUCGGGCGGCCACUACGACGUCGUCAUCUCCGAGUUCUUCCACGUCGACUGCCUGGCGGCGUUCGCUCACAAGUUCGGCGCCCCCCUCGUGGGGAUCACCUCCAGCAACGCGUUGCCGACCGUCCACGACAGGGUUGGUAAUCCUGAGCAUCCUGCCUACACAGAACAAUACGACCUCGCUCUAAAGGCGCCGUUCAGCUUCUGGGAGAGAGUCUACGGCACAGUGAUGCACCAGGCGUUCCGCAUCCUGGACUGGUGGGCGACGGACGCACGCGUCGACAGCAAAGUGCGGGAAGUGUUCGGUGAGGACACGCCUCCACUAGAACACGUGUUCCGGAACACGAGCCUGGUGCUGGUGAACAGCCACUGGAGCAUGGACCAGCCUCUCCCCACAGUGCCCGCCUUCGUCGAGGUGGGCGGACUGCACUUGGAAGAGCCCAAACCAUUGCCAGACGACAUACAGAAGUUCCUGGACGACAGUCCACACGGUGUGAUCUACUUCAGCUUGGGAUCGAUGGUGCGAGUUGAGACCUUCGACCCGGAGAAGUUCAAAGCGAUUGUGGACGCCUUCGCGUCCGUACCCCAACGCGUUCUCUGGAAAGCCGACCCGGUCAACCUCCCGGGACUGCCGCCGAACGUCAGAGCUCAGAAGUGGAUCCCACAGAACGAUGUUCUGAAUGACCCCAACGUGCGGCUCUUCAUAUCGCACGGCGGGCUGCUGGGCAUGCAGGAGGCGGUGGCUGCGGGGGUGCCGACUCUGACGCUGCCGCUGUUCUCGGACCAGUUCGUCAACUCGGCCAGGGCGGUCGCCGCCGGCAGCGGCCUCCAGCUGCUCUACGACGACAUCGACGACCGCUCGUUCCGCGAGGCGCUCCAGCGGCUGCUCAGCGACUCCAGGUUCCGCGAACGCGCCAAACACCGGUCGCAGCUGUUCCGGGACCGCCCCCGGCCGCCGCUGGAGGAGGCGGUGUACUGGGUGGAGUACGUCAUCAGGCACCAGGGGGCGCCGCACAUGAGGUCCGCCGCGCUGGACCUGGCCUGGUACCAGUACCUGCUGCUAGACGUCGCUGCCUGCGUGGUGGCUGCGUCGUGCUGCGUCAUAUCAGCGCUCUACCUCUUCUCGAAACUAGUGCUGCGGGUCUUAUUUCGAGGGCAGGAGGAAAACGUCAAAUUAAAACUGACAUAAUAAGUACCUCGAGAACUUUACACGUUACCGCCUUUUCGAAACAACUUCGGUUUCGAUCGUAAAAGGCCUGGUCGCGGCACAGUCAAUAGCCGUAGUUCCUGUUGCGAAACUUCUGUGCACUUAUCUAUAGUAGACGAACAAUUGCGUGAACGCAGUCGAUUCUGAAGAGUGUCUGAUUGUGUGAUUGGGGAUGUGUCUAGAGAAUGCUUUGCAUUUCAUCGUGUGAUGUUUCGGAAAUACACAUAAACAGAUUUCACUAGUCAUCCAGCGUAUCAUCUCGUUCUAAAUGCGUGGGAAAUAUAUUUGUCCCAGUUGAGAAUUCCUCUGCCUGAUACUGGGACGUUUGACUGUGCAAUAGGCCGCAUAACGAAUCGCUCUGUUCCUUUCAACAGAGGAUUAAAAGUCAAAAAUAAAAACAAAAGUUAUAAAUAAUCCUAAUACAAUGGUCGCUAUCCAUCGCAACGGCUGCGAUCGGUAGCGAUAUAGGCACACUGUAAAUAUAGAGCGAGUCAUAGAUUUCAGUCUGGAGACACAUACAUCAUAUAUAUAUAUAUAUAUAUAUAUAUAUAUAUAUAUACACUACCAUCUCGGCUGAGAAGACUCUAAGUCUGCAAUGGACUCAGUAUUGAACCGCACUCUGUGUACUUAGGGGUAUAAAAUGAAGAGUGACAAGAAAAAGACAACUAAAGUAAGAAAUAUAUUUAUGUUUGGUGCAGAAAUCUUCCACAAAGGUAAUUAUUUCAAAACGGUGCCAUAGCUUUUUGGAUUUACAGAUAAUGAAUUUUUACAUUCCGUAAAAACGAAGACCAUUGUUCCGUGCGUGGGUGUAUAUAGAUCUGAAUACAAUAUAAAAUCUCUCUCUUUUCUUCAUGGUCUCCCUCAAGCAUUAGACCAAUCAGUACUUUGCGACUUCUUGAUUCAGUCAUCUUCUGUGGAGUCUACCAACGUUCAUUCUUUCUUUAGAAUUUUGUUACAGCAGUUGUUUUGCAGCACGUUAAUCCCUCAUUCUAUACGUUCUUUUCAUUCCUUAAUCCUUUCAUUUAAAUUGUAAAUUCCUACAUUUCUCCAGAUUAUCUCGUUUCUUCAUUCGCCUCCUCUUGUUACUGCCUGGACUGCUCUCAACAAUCUCAUGUCGGCUGCUUGGAGUCGGCUAAUGUGUGCUAGAGUUCAUAGUCCAGUUUUCACUUUCAUAUAGUCCACAGUGAACUACAAUAACUUUAUAAAAUUUUAGCAUGGUGUCCUUUCGUACUUUUGAUAGAACCAUACGUCACAUUAAAUCUCUAAAUGUUUUUUUCAUUAUCCACUUCGGCGAGCUGUGGUAUGUCACAGCCCAAGAAUCUGCAGAUGUUAACUUGUUCAAUAAUUCUUUUUAACAUCAGUUUGCAUCUUAAACGUUGUGAACCUUGGAAUGCCGUAGAAUUCCUUUUUAUCUCUCGAUAUGAUUCAAUUACGUUUCACUGCUAUUUUAAACAGUUCACAAAGUGCUCUCUGUAAUAAUAUACUGAACGUAUUGUAGCAUUGCUGUAAUAUUUGUAUACACAGCAAAUUAAAAUCAUUUAACCACAAAAGGACAUUACUGCAAUGCAUGUUUAAAUCAGGGUGGAAUGACACACAAGGCUUGUACAAUACAAAUUUGUAGUGUCAUUUAUGCUUAAAGUUUUAUUGUCAAGAUUAAUAUUGCAAAUCUGUAUAAGGAGUGGCUAAGCAGUUGUGUGAAAACUAAGAAGGUAACAAGUAAUUAAAUAAGACGAAAAUUUUCAUUUCCAGAAGUGGUGGUAAGAUAUUGAUCACAGUUGCUGUUCAGUCCAUGUGAGGAACGAACAGCAAUGGAAAGCUCAGGAAUGUGUGUAUUGUUGUGUUGAGUGAGUAGAUGUACACUCAAAAAUGUCUUACGAAAAUUACUCUAUGGAGUCUUCCUGCUUAUUAUACAGUAUUAGUAGAAGAUAUCAGUUGCUUUGAGACUUAACACCACGUGUCAUUCUGAUGUGAGACCCAUUCUCAGAUGUAGCUACACAGUAGCUGUCUACCUGCAACACGUGAUUUAAAGUAGUAUCUUAUGACAUUAUUGGUGUCAAAAGCUCUGUGGUUGUUCUCGCCCACCAGAAGCUGUAACGAAAGUCUAGCUGGCAGCAGUUCAUGUGAGUUCAUGAGCAUCUCACAAUAUAUGAUGAGCUAAGAAUUAAUAGGAUGAACCACGCUGAAGAAACAUCUGGUAGACUAAGUGAAAUUUUUCUGUACAUUUCCACUUCUUGAGCCAACUGAAAGCUGAUCCGGUAAUUUGCUGUGAUAAUAAUACGAAACUUUCAACAAAAGUGAAUAUGGUCAAAGAAGGUACAAAAUGCUCCAACUUGGGUACAUGGGUAUAAGUACUCAGCCAUUUGAUGCUCUCAUCUUGGAAAUGACAUUAAAAUUAUGUAGUGAAAUACUGAAGGCCAAUCAUAAGGUCAAAAUUGUAGUAUCAAAUUUGUAACUCUUCUUAUGCGAGUAGUUAAACAUUAAUCUCAGCGCAUCACAGAUAUUUUUAAUUUCAGGGCGUUGUUAUCCACUUCAGAUGAGAUUCCACAUAUGUGGAAUACUGGAUUUCAGAAAAAUAUAGACCGUUCUACAACAAGUACUUGGUAUGUCAAACAUGAAAUGCAAUGUCUACAUCUCCAGAAAACAAUAGUGAACACGUGAUACAAUUCUCCUUAAUGUUGUGUACUCUCCUCAACAUAAAAAUAAUAUUCUCAGGUUGCUCUUCAGAGCUGAUUACGUAGGAACAUACAAUUUAUUGUUGUAUAAUUCCACCAAAGAAAUUAAAAACUAUAAUAAUUACAA